GGGUUGUAACAGUGAGAAGAGAAAGUAGAAUUUAUUAGGCUUCUUUUAAGCCUUUAGAUACAUGUUGUUCUGAAAUCUCAUGGCAUGCUUAGAAAUGUACAACUCCGAUCACCACCACCACCAUCCAUGCGGCGCCCCAAUGAGCCCCAGAAUCUCCUUCUCAAACGACUUCGUAGAUAUCCAACAACCCUUGAAGCAGCAAGAAAGAACAGAUGAAGCUCCUCCUGCUUCCUCGGACUUCGAGUUCUCAGUCACCAACUACUCAAUGAUGAGCGCUGACGAGCUCUUCUUCAAGGGCAGGUUGUUGCCGUACAAGGAUAACAAGCCUCUUACUCAUAGAUCCCCCACCACUCUCAGGGAGGAGCUGCUUCUUCAUCAUGAUGACGAUGCUUCUUCUUCUGCUUUCUCACUCAGACCUCCAAAGUCUUCUUCUUCAACAAGGUGGAAGGCCUUUCUGGGUCUCAGAAAAACCCACAUUGCUUCUAGUAAGAAAGCUGACAAGCCUGAAACUACAACUCCCUCAUUAUUGCUCAAUCAGGGAUCACCAUCAAUUAAUCUCACUUCUCAGGAUGUGAUGAAUGAGGGAGACUCAAGCUGCAGUGAUUUGGAGAUUGGGAUUUAAAACGGCUAGGAAGGAAGCUUCUUAAGUUUAAUUAAUUAAGGUGCUGCUUGAAUUUGUAGAGGAAUUAAUGGACCAAUUUUUGUUGUCCUUGUUGUUUUUGUUCCUUGCCUUAAUGUGGUAGGAUUUUGCCUUGUUGUAACGAUUUAUGUUCAUUUCGUAGGGAUUAUUAGGAUUUCGGGUGUUGCCUGUACAAAUUUAAUCUGCUUUUCUAAUCUUUUUCUUCAUGCAUUUCAACAUCUACGUGCCACUCUUAUUUGACUCA